AUGCUGCAAGUAGGAGCGAAGCUUGAAUGCUUCACCAGUCUCAACACCAAUAUUACAGUUAAAUUGACAUAUAGUAUCAACAUAGCGAGAGACGGAUCAUCACAAGCUGCAAUGGCGAAGCAAUCAUCAAAAUUUAACAAAACGAAGAAAAGUUCAGAGAAGCAGCUCAUCGAUAACGAAAAGCAACGGUUGGUGGAGGAGCUGCACGCUCCAGCGAGAAGAUAUUUUCCCCGUAGACGCGUCAUAGUGCGCGGAUACGAUGAUCUUUGGCAAGCUGACUUGGUAGAGAUGCGUCCUUACUCGCGAUUCAAUAGAGGCUACCACUAUAUACUCACUGUUAUCGAUGUGUUGAGCAAAUAUGCGUGGGCUGUACCGAUGAAGAGCAAGAGCGGUAAAGAAGCAGUGGCAGUAUUCGCCAGGAUAUUUCAAGAAUCUGGAAGAUGCCCGAAAAAUUUGCAAACGGACCAGGGAAAGGAAUUUUAUAAUGCGGAUCUGCAGAAACUCCUUAAAAAACACGGUAUCAAUCAUUAUUCUACGUACUCGGUAAUGAAAGCAUCUGUUGUGGAACGAUUCAACCGCACGUUAAAGAACGACAUGUGGAAAAUGUUUACGUUGAAUGGAACAUACAAAUGGACCGACUCAUUACCGCGCCUUAUCGCGGAGUACAACACACGGAAACAUCGAACUAUCGGCAUGCGUCCUAUCGAUGUGACACCCGAGAUCGCCGAUAAGCUCCUACACACAGUCUACAACAACGUAAAGAUCGCUGCGCCUGCGAGAUUCAAAGUGGGUGAUCUGACAACUAAUCCAGCGACCUAUCUGCUCGAGGAUUCUCGCGGAAAGUCUAUUGCCGGAGGAUUUUACGAAUACGAACUGCAUCGCGCUGCUAAUCCUGACGUUUAUCUCGUGGAAAAGGUGUUGCGAAAAAGUGGCGACAAGGUUUUAGUGAAAUGGUUGGGAUUUGAUAAUUCGCACAACUCUUGGAUACACAAAGAAAAUGUAUUGUAA